AUGAAAAAUGCACGUCAAGUUCGAUCGAAUGUGAAGGUUUUGCUUACUGUUUUCUUCGAUUAUAGUGGCAUAGUGCAUCAAAAGUUCUUACCACAAGGUCGUACUGUUAAUAAGGAGUAUUACCCUCAAUAUAUAGUGUGGAAUGUAGUAUAUAUUUAUAAAUUUUAUUUAUUUUUGUAUUUUAUAGUUGCUCCUGUUUGUCGGCCAGGACAAAGGACAAUGUAUAGCUCAGGGCGACAUGAGACUGUUAAAGUUGCUUGUGAAGUCGAAGCGAAUCCAUCAGAAGUUGUGUUUAGUUGGAAAUUUAAUGCAACCGCAACUGAGAGUGUUGAUAUACCAGCUUCAUUGGUUGCAAUUGAACGUGGCCGCAGUGUUGCCCAUUAUACACCGAUGACAGAAAAUGAUUAUGGCACAUUGCUGUGUUGGUCAAGCAACGAAAUCGGUGACCAAAGUGAACCAUGCGUGUACACGAUAACACCAGCAGGUGAACCAGAUCCGCUUAUUAACUGCACAUUGCUUAAUCAAACUUCGACGGGAUUUCAAAUUGAAUGUUUGGAAGGAUUUGAUGGUGGUUUGCAACAGGACUUUAUAAUGGAAGUUUAUGUAAAUGGUACAACACGUCAUCCAAGGAUAUACAAGUCAAAGACACCGUUCUUUGAAGUGAGAGGCCUUGUCCCCGGAGCCGGAUACAAUGUGUUUUUGGUGGCACACAACAGCAAAGGCCGCAGCAAUGCAACAAUUCUACAAGUUUAUACCCUCAAAGAUCCUGAAAAGCAGACAGUUGUAAUUACAUUUAAAAAGAUACCAAAAGACAAUGCCGGUGAAAACAAUGACAAAAAUCUAUCUCUGGCAUACGCUCCAGUCAUUGAGGACAUACGACCGUUUCUCGGCAUCUUGUUGGGCAUUGUGGGCAGCAUAUUCUUGGUGGCGCUCAUAAUUGUCAUUAUUGUUCGAAUGCGAGGAUCAUCCGGACGUGAUAGAAACAAUUACUCACAUCAAGUUAGCCGAGCUGGCAACCUACACAAUGGUCCCUCGAUUCAGGAUAUUCGAAUUGGUCGGGAGACUUGCCAGACGAGCAGUGUCGAUAGUAUUGACAAGAAUCCGGACAUAAUACCACAAGAUGGUCGGGAUGACGAGGAUGAAUGGACGACAACGAAGGGACACAGUCGAGCGUAUGCAACAGCAGCCCUGGCUGAACAAAAUGCCAUAAUUACCUCGUCCACAUACGAUCGGAUACCGACAUAUGCGGUGAUUGACAAGAAGACAGCUCAGAAUCAUAUUCAGCAACAAUUGCAGCAGCACCAACAGCAGCAGCAGCAACUUCAACAGCAACAACAGCAGCAGCAGGCUUCCCAGCAGCAGCAUCUUCACCACCAUCAUGGUACGCCACAGUACAUAACAACAUAUAACACCCUGAUACCGGUGAGCAAGAUAGGAUAUGCCACUCAACAGCAGCAGCAGCAACAACAACAACAUCCGAAUCAGCUGCAGCAACACCAGCAGCAAGUGAACAAGACUGAUUUAACAUACGCUGAGUUAGCUGCUACUGGAGGCCAAAGGAUACCCUAUUGCAGUGCAACUCUAGGCCGACCAAGACAAUCUGAUAUCAAACGAGCAGAGCCUAACAUUUAUUCUCAGAUUGACCUGGCGCACCAUCCAAUGUAUUCGACUAGCCCGAUGUUCGGGACAAACACCAUCACCGGUGUGACUAUGUCACAUCCAUCGCAAUUGGCCACAUUCUCGACGCCAACACCGAUAUUCGCUUCUCACAAAAAUGGGAUGAAUCCCGGAAAAGUCCUGACAGCAACUACAAGCAGUCCAGCAGGUAGUGGGGGAGUGUUCAUUGGAGGUGGCGGCGUCGGUGGAGUUGGCGGACCGGGCAGUGGCAUGCAGUCGCCAGUUAACAGUGGUAGUAUGCUUUGCUUAACAACUGUUGGCGGAGGAGUUGCGGGGAUGCACCAGCUCCAACAGCAGCACCAGCAGCAGCAACACCAACAACAACAACAACAGCAGCAUCAGCCACCAUCGUCAGUUAUAUGCACGAGUAUAGCGCCCUCCUCGCUGGUGGGCAUCAGUAAUGGGUUGCAUCCUGUCGGGGUACCUUCGGCAGGAGUUGCGGGUUGUUUCGGAGAAGCGAAUCAAUCUACUCUUAGUAUUCUUAAAACUGUUCCCGAAGAACUUCACCAUCAAAUUAUGACCUCUGAUGAUUUAGCUAAAUCAAAAGAACGGAAUAUAAAUCAUGCAACACGAUUCUGACGGUAAAUGAAAAUGAUCAAAAUUUUCAUUUUUAAUAUUUAAUUAUAAUAAAAAUUAUAUGGAAAAUGUUUCUAAGAAAAGAAAAAUUUAAAAAAACUCAUAAAAAAUAAUGCAACGGACAAAAUGUCGGUUUAAAUAAAAAGACAAUUAAACACAUACAAUGAGAGUCUGUAGAGAUUUUUGUUUUGUUUUUAGAUUUCAAAUAAUUUAGGGUUAGAAACUAGGUUAACUUUUAAAUUUUGUGUUCCAUGUUUUAUAUAAUAAUUUUUUCAUUUAUUUGUCAAUCGUGUCUUUCGGUUUUAACCUGACGUUUAAAAAAUUAAAGGCUUUUUGGAAUUCACUUUUUUAGAAAAAAAAAAUAAUGUAAAAUUUUACUUAUUUGAAUGCUCGAUAAGGUUGUUAUAAUAAACUCUCAAGUCCAUAUUAAAAAUAUGAAUUGACGAAAAAUAAAAUCUUUAAACAAAAAAUUAAUCAAAAUCUUAAUAGAAAAAAGUAUUUAACGAAUCAUAUUUUUUUCAAAUUUUCUAAGCAAAUUUCUCCAAUUUAACAUGUAUACUUAUACAAACAUCCAUCAUAAACAUUAAAAAAAACAUUAACUCUUCUCAAAAAUUGGACAAACAAACUUUAUAGAAAAAAAGAUAAAAGCUAUUCUGUAAAUAUAAAAUACAAAUUAAUACAAACAAAAUAAAUAAUAGAAAAUGGAUACAGAGUGAAAAAACAAACGACUUAUAUAGUUAACUGAUGGAAAUUAUAACUUUAAAUCUUAAUUAAUAAUUAAAACUGGCGCAAAAAAUGUAUACUUUUAAAUAAAAAAUUAUAAUUAAAUCAACUUAAAAAAACAAAACUACUAAACAAAAAAUUGUAAAAAAAUAAUUAGAUAAAGAAUAAAAUGUUAGAAACCAUAAAUUUUUAUUGUUGUUAAAUAGGAAAAAGUUAUAAGGCCUAAGUUAAAUAUUAAAUUAUAAUCAAAAUUGUAAUUGUACUAAAUACAAAACAGUGUUUUAUACGUAAUGUCAAUAAUAAUAAUUCUAAAAUAGAAUUAAAACAAAAAAUAAACGAAAUGAUAGUUGUCGGAGGAAAUACAAAAAACCUAUACUACGAUUUAAAACAAUAAGAAUUAAUUGAAUUUAUUGCAAAUUUUCCUUUUAUACUUAAAAUUUUCAUUCAAUUUUAAGCAUUUUUCUUUUAGUGUAUUAGUUAUUUUCAAUUACUUUUGUUUUUAUUCUAAAAAAAGGAGGGUGAAUUUUAUUUACUUUAUUUUAGGAAAUUCUUUGGCCUUCUAUUUUUUCUGACAAUUAUCAUAGAAAACAUGGUAAUCAGAAACUAAAUAUUGUAAUUAUUUUUUUUCAACAUACAAAAUAAA